AUGAGCGACUCCUCAUGGGCUGCCUGGGGUUGGGUCGACCGUAGUCGCCCUGCCGACGAAAGGGAAGUGCUUUGGGAGCAGUGGGGCCAGUGGGCUGACUGGUGGGGGCCAAAGGAAAAGGCCGAAGAAGGCCGGGGGCGGCGAAUGUUUAUCGCUGACUUGCAAUUGCAACCUGCACCACGACACAGUAAGGGCAAAAGCCAGGACAAGGGACAAGGAAAAGGAAAGAAAGGCAGCACUCCAGGAACCACGGCCGAGAAGGGCCAGGAAAAGGGAAAAGGAAAAGGAAAGGGCAAAGCUGCAGCCGAGAAGGGCCACGAGAAGGGAGGAAAAGGAAAGGAGGAAGGCUACACUCCACGAACCACGGCCGAAAAGGACCAGGAGAAGGGAAAAGGAAAGGAAAAGGGCAAAGCCGCAGCCGAGAAGGGCCAGGAGAAGGGAAGAGGAAAAGGCAAAGAGGAAGGCGGCACUCCAGGAACCACGGCCGAAAAGGACCAGGCGAAGGGAAAAGGAAAAGCGAAGAGCAAAACUGCAGCCGAGAAGGGCCAGGAGAAGGGAAGAGGAAAAGGAAAGGAGGACGGCACUCCAGGAACCACGGCCGAGAAAGGCCAAGAGAAGGGAAAAGGAAAAGGAAAGAGCAAAGCUGCAGCCGAGAAGGGCCACGAGAAGGGAGGAAAAGGACAAGAGAAGGGCAAAGCUGCAGCCGAGAAGGGCCAGGACAAGGGAAAGGGAAAAGGAAAGGAGGAAGGCGACGCUCCAGGAACCACGGCCGAGAAGGGCCGGGAGAAGGGAAAAGGAAAAGGAAAGGAAGGCGGCACUCCAAGAACCACGGCCGAGAAGGGCCGGGAGAAGGGAAAAGGCAAGGAAAAGGGCAAAGCUUCAGCCGAGAAGGGCCAGGAGAAGGGCAAAGGAAAGGGAAAGGAGGAAGGCGACACUCCAGGAGCCACGGCCGAAAAAGACCAGGAGAAGGGAAAAGGGAAGGAGAAGGGCAAAGCCACAGCCGAGAAAGGCCAGGAAAAGGGAGGAAGAGGACAAGAGAAGGGCAAAGCUGCCGUCGACAAAGGGCAGGAAAAGGGAAAGGGAAAAGGAAAGGAGGAAGGCGACGCUCCAGGAACCACGGCCGAGAAGGGCCGGGAGAAGGGAAAAGGAAAAGGAAAGGAAGGCGGCACUCCAGGAACCACGGCCGAGAAGGGCCGGGAGAAGGGAAAAGGCAAGGAAAAGGGCAAAGCUUCAGCCGAGAAGGGCCAGGACAAAGGCAAAGGAAAAGGAAAGGAGGAAGGCGACACUCCAGGAGCCACGGCCGAAAAAGACCAGGAGAAGGGAAAAGGGAAAGAGAAGGGCAAAACCACAACCGAGAAAGGCCAGGAGAAAGGCAAAGGAAAGGGACAGGACAAGGGCACUCCGGGCAAAGCUGCCGUCGAGAAGGGCCAGGAAAAGGGAAAAGAAGAAGGAAAGGGCAAAACAAAGAGCACUGCACGAACACCUGCCCAGAAGGGGGGAGGCGAGAAGAUGGGCUUGUGCACAAAAGAGGGCUUCGAAGCUCUGUUCGGUGUGCCUGCGAAAGGCCAGCAAGAAAGCCCGCAGAAAGCUGCUCGGAGUCUGUCGGAGCAGGAGAUCAAGGAGAUCGAGGCUUUGGAACGACCCGAGGAUAUCGAUCUGGUUGAACGGUUUGCCUUCCUCAAGGCAUAUCUGUUAGAUCGCGAUAUGACGGCCAUCGAGAUCCAACCGUACUUCGAAGAGCUCUCGGAGCAAAAGAACACAGAAAGGUUUAUCGAACUCCCACUAUGCGAGAUCAAGGAGAAGUACCUUCACCUCCCAGGAGGGGAGAAGUUUGUGGAGAUCAACCGCAGCGGCAGCCGCACCAGUGCGAGUAUCACGCCGUCGCAGAACGGCAAAGAACGCCAGGCCCUGGCGGAGACACUUGAAAUGAAGGUGAAUGCUAUGUCCAAGCCCGCCGUAACCGGCGGCGACGGGCCCAAGCCCAAGGUGAAACCAAAGCCGAAGAAGGAGCUGACGGCCGACGAGAAGAUGAACAAAAAAAUGGUGCAGAACCUCGGUGAGAUCUCGACGGAUUGCAUCGGCAUCUUUAACGAGCUUCAGAAAAUGGUUUUCGCCUGCACGCCUACGGAGGAAUGUGUUGCUGCCCUGGAUGAGCACAAGCCGGCACUGGAGGCAAAGGGCAAAAUCAUCACAGAUGCAGAAGACAUCGUCGACUCCCACAAGCGCCUUGCUGCAGAGAAACGCAAGCGAGAGAAGGAAGAAAAAAAGAAAUUGGGAGAAGGAGACGAGCACGAUGAUGAUGCAUUCGACGAUGACGAGCCUGGAGAUGGCACGCAGCCGCAAGAGGAGUGGCCAGAAGAUGAGGAGCCACCUGCAAAGCGGGUGAAGUGA